AUGGCGCCGCAGCCAACCAGCACCAGCACCAGCACCAGCUGGGACCACGAAUACAACACUCUUCGCCGCGAAAACCUAUUUCGAAACCCUCCGACCGACCGAUCUGCUUACCCCCUGCUACAAGAGGCGGUCAAUCCACACAUUGAGUCCUUCGACGCUCUGUUCGGUGACAAUGGUCUGAUCGCUCAUGGCCUUGCCGACAUUGGCACGAGACUGUUUCUGGACGGCGACGAGCGGGCGCUACCAGAGGACAGGAACAAGCUGAGCAUCAAGAUCAAGGGUGUACACCUACAGAAGUCCCAGCUGCCGCCUAGCAACAAGUUUGUUGUGAAAAACAGAGAAAUCCUUCCGUCCGAAUGCAGAGAACGCCAUGUGUCGUACCGAGGAAAGCUUUCUGUUACCUUCGAGUACAGAAUAAACAAUGGAGAAGCGAAAGAGUUCGCUCGGGAGAUUGGACAACUCCCCAUAAUGGUCAAGUCCAGUCAUUGCCAUCUCAGGGGUAACAGUCCAGCACAAUUGGUCGCGCGGAAAGAGGAAUCGGAAGAGUUGGGAGGCUACUUCAUCGUCAAUGGUAUCGAAAAGAUUAUACGGCUUUUGCUUCUGAACCGGAGGAAUUUCCCCUUGGCCAUCUACCGUCCAAGUUUCCAAAACCGUGGUCCAGCCUACACGCCCUUUGGUAUCAUACUCAGAUCGGUCCGCCCGGACGAGACCUCGCAGACCAAUGUCCUCCAUUACCUGAGCGAUGGUAAUAUCACAUUCCGCUUUUCCUGGAGAAAGAACGAGUAUCUGGUCCCAGUGAUGAUGAUCCUGAAGGCACUGGUGGAGACGAAUGACAGAGAGAUUUUCGAGGGCUUGGUCGGCUCUCCCGAUUCGAAGGGAAUCCGCAAUACCUUUCUGACGGACCGAGUCGAGCUCUUGCUACGAACUUACAAGACUUACGGGAUAUUCACCAAGGCACAAACACGAGCCUACCUAGGAGAGAAGUUCCGGCCAGUGUUGGGAGUGCCAGAUACGUUGUCACACUACGAAGUUGGAACUGAAUUUCUCCGCAGAGUGGUGCUGGUCCAUCUCGGAAACGUCGACGUCACUGAAGACCAGGAUUCUGACAAGUUCCGCCUAUUUCUCCUCAUGAUCAGAAAACUGUAUGCUCUAGUCGCUGGAGACUGCGCUGUUGACAAUCCCGACGCGGCACAGAAUCAAGAGAUCCUCUUGGGUAGCUUUCUGUACGGCAUGAUCAUCAAGGAGCGCCUAGAUGAGCUGAUCUCUAUAUCGCUUCGUGGUGCACUACGGGAUUACUUGAGGAAGUUUCCCGCGAGGACGUUCACCUCGGACGAGUUCACGAAAGAUUUCCCCAUUAAAAUCUUCCAGAAGACCAACGAGAAUGUCGGUAACGCCUUGGAGUACUUCAUGUCAACGGGUAACUUGGCGAGUCCAUCUGGCUUGGAUCUUCAACAAGUAUCUGGUUUUACAGUUGUCGCCGAGAAGUUGAACUUCUUGCGUUUUAUCAGUCAUUUCCGCAUGGUGCAUCGAGGUAGCUUCUUCGCCCAGCUAAAGACCACGACCGUUCGAAAACUAUUGCCAGAGUCAUGGGGAUUCCUAUGUCCCGUGCACACUCCCGAUGGUUCUCCUUGUGGUUUACUCAAUCAUCUUGCUCAUAAAUGCAAGAUCAUGACCCAUUCAGUUGACGCGAGCGCUAUUCCUCAGUUAGCCGCUGAGCUUGGCGUAGUCGACACAUCAUCGGCUGCCACAGACGAGAGCGUUGUCGUGAUGUUGAACGGAAAGAUAGUCGGUUGGUGUAAGCCAGCAGAGUCGCGCCGGAUUGCGGAUACUUUCCGAUACUGGAAAGUUGAGGGCUCCCAUGGCAUACCUGUACACCUCGAGAUCGGCCACGUUCCCUCCUCCAGGGGAGGGUCAUAUCCCGGAAUAUUCAUGUCUUCCGAGCCUUCCAGGAUGGUUCGCCCAGUCAAGUAUCUUCCACUGGAGAAGGAAGACUUCGUCGGGCCUCUUGAGCAGCCUUACAUGUCCAUUGCUUGCACCGAGCAAGAGAUUGUAUCUGGAGACUCGACACAUGUAGAGUUCGACCCCACGAACAUGCUCUCGAUCCUGGCAAACAUGACCCCUUUCUCAGAUUUCAACCAGUCCCCCAGAAACAUGUACCAGUGUCAGAUGGGUAAGCAGACUAUGGGUACUCCUGGAGCAGCGUUGGCGCAUCGGACGGACAACAAAAUGUAUCGUCUUCAGACGGGUCAGACGCCGGUCGUCAGGUCUCCUCUUCAUAACGCCUAUGGUUUUGACAAUUUCCCGAACGGUACCAACGCUGUUGUUGCUGUGAUCUCAUACACUGGAUACGACAUGGACGAUGCUAUGAUCCUAAACAAGUCAGCGCACGAACGCGGUUUUGGUCACGGGACGAUCUACAAGACGAAGAAAUACAGUCUCAAGGAAGAAAGCCGAACCAGGUCCGCCAAGAAUAUUACCAAACUCUUCGGGUUCGCGCCUGGAAGCGUCGUGAAGGCCUGGACGCAAACCAUGCUCGACGAAGACGGUCUUCCCUACGUCGGACGGGCUGUGCAGGAAGGUGAUAUCAUCUUUGCUCACCAUACCGUCUCAGCAGACUACAGUGGAAAUCUUGUGAACCGAGAUGGCGUCACCAAGUACGAGAAGUACAAGGACUCGGAGCAAGCCUUUAUCGAAGAGGUACGGAUCAUAGGGAGCGAGCAAGGAAACGAGCCAGCACAGACGAUAUCGAUCAAGUUCCGUAUUCCUCGAUCUCCGAUCAUUGGCGACAAGUUCUCUUCACGUCACGGUCAGAAGGGUGUGGCGUCGCAGAAAUGGCCAGCUAUCGACAUGCCAUUCUCGGAGUCUGGCAUCCAGCCAGAUGUUAUCAUCAAUCCACAUGCCUUCCCUUCUCGUAUGACAAUCGGCAUGUUUGUGGAGUCGUUAGCAGGAAAGGCCGGCGCGCUUCAUGGGCUUGCACAGGACUCAACGCCCUUCCGUUUCGAUGAAGACAACACAGCUGCGGACUACUUUGGCCACCAGCUCAAGAUGGCCGGCUACAACUAUCACGGCAACGAACCCAUGUACUCGGGAAUCACCGGCGAGGAAUUGGCGGCCGAUAUCUACAUCGGCGUUGUGUAUUAUCAGCGGUUGCGACACAUGGUCAAUGACAAGUAUCAAGUGAGGACGACGGGACCAGUGGUGCCCACAACCGGCCAGCCAAUCAAGGGUAGAAAGAGAGGAGGUGGUAUUCGUGUAGGUGAGAUGGAGCGGGAUGCCCUGUUGGCGCACGGCACCGCGUUCCUCCUGCAGGACCGUCUCCUGAACUGCUCCGACUACACUGUCUCGUGGAUCUGCCGAAAGUGUGGCUCUUUCUUGUCAACACAACCAACGGUCUCGCCCUUUGGUGGCAACAGAAAGAAGACUGUGAACACUGUCCGUUGUCGCAACUGUGCGACACGGCUUGACCAGAUCCCGGAUCUUGAUUUCACCAAGCUUAGUGGCGAGAUAUGGGAGGACGGGCAGGGAAACCAAUGGACCGGCGGCGAAGAGACUACGAAGGUGGCGGUUCCCGGUGCUCUGAAGUAUCUCGACGUGGAACUGGCGGCCAUGGGAGUGAAACUGAAGUACCGCGUCGACCCGAAGGACGCUCCACGAAAGGGACGGCUGAUUAGAACCACAUGGGAAAACAUCCGUGGACUCGGCAAAAGCGCGAACAAGGCACUGCCGGCUAUUGCGGCGGCAUCGUGA